AUGCUAGAACAAUUUACAGAUAAAACACAGCUUCAUAAUAAGACAAAUAAAUAUCAAAAACAUAUAGCAUAUAGUGCUGGUUACUAUGUAAAAUGUAGCUACAACGAAGACUUGAGUUUUUUCAAGAGCUACAGAGGUAGAGAUUGCAUGGAUUGGUUUGCAAAUGAAUUAUCGAAUUUAGCUGAAAGUAUUAAAUCAGAAAUUAAAACUAUUACACCUAUGGAAGAAAAACCAGAUUUACGUGUGGCAACAAUGUGUCACAUAUGUGAAAAGGGUUUUUCCUCUACAGAUAUCAUUGUUAGAGAUCACGAUCAUUUUACGGGGAAGUUUAGAAAUUUUGCACAUCAAGCAUGCAAUUUAAAUUUCAAAAAACUGUUUGUUGAACCUACAGUUUUCCAUAACUUAAGUAACUACGAUAGCCAUUUCAUCAUUUCGGAAUUAAGUAAAAGAGGAAACAUCAGUUUACUCCCCAUAAAUAAAGAAAAAUACAUUUCAUUUACACUUAACGAUUCAGAUACAAAUAUAAAAUUUCGAUUCAUAGAUUCACUGAGGUUUUUGGGUGCUUCCUUGGAAGAAUUGGCUGCUACAUUGAAUGAUAAUGAUUUAAAAAUUUCCAAAAGAGAAUUUAGUAAUUUAAGUGUCGAACAAUUUGAAUUAAUAGCCAAAAAAGGGGUUUUCUGUUACGAUUUUAUAGAUAGUUGGGAAAAAUUAAAUACUUGUGAACUACCACCAAUAGAGGCAUUUUAUAAUAAAUUGGAGGAUAAAAAUAUCAGUAUUGAGAAGUAUUCUCAUGCUCAUGCAGUGUGGAAAUCAUUUGAUAUUGAAAAUUUGGGUCAGUAUUCUGAUCUGUACUUAAAGACCGAUGUUUUACUUUUAUCAGAUGUUUUCGAACAAUUUCGAAGAAAAUGUUCAAUUACUUAUGGUUUAGACCCUGCAUGGUACUAUACAAUGCCUGGAUAUACUUGGGACUGUAUGUUGAAAUAUGUAGGAUGUAAAUUAGAGUUAUUGCAUGACGUAGACAUGAUCAUGUUUAUCGAGAAAGCAAUUCGAGGAGGAAUUUCGGUUUGUAACAGUAGAUUAUCGAAUGCUAACAAUAAGUACAUGCCUGAAUAUGAUUCUACAAAACCCUCAAAGUACUUACUCUACCUGGACGUCAAUAAUUUAUACGGGUGGGCUAUGUGUGAACCAUUACCAUACGGAGGAUUUGAAUGGUUUGAUAAUGAAAAUUUUGAUGUUAUGUCUGUGGCAGAUAAUUCUUCCGUAGGAUAUAUAUUACAAGUAGACUUGGAGUAUCCACAUGAAUUACAUGAUCUUCACAGAGAUUUUCCAUUUGCUCCCGAGCACCGCAAGCCUGUAGGCUCAAAUUAUUCCAAAUUAAUGACAACGCUUUAUUGUAAAAAAGAAUACACAAUUCACUAUCGUAAUUUAAAACAAAUGUUAGCCAACGGUUUGAAAAUUAAAAAGAUACAUAAAAUUCUGAAAUUCAAUCAAUCUGCAUGGCUGCGGCCCUAUAUCGAACUAAAUACUCGUUUGAGGGCUGCAGCUACCAAUGACUUUGAGAAAAAUUUAUAUAAAGUGGCAAAUAAUGCUGUGUUUGGAAAGACGAUGGAAAAUAUACGGAAGCACCGAAUUGUAAAACUUGUUAAAACCUGGAAUGGUCGAUACGGCGCCAAAAAUUUGAUAUCUAGUGUUAGGUUUCAUAGUCGAACAGUUUUUAAUGAAAACCUAAUUGCAGUAGAACUCACUAAAUCAGAAUUGGUUUUCAAUUAG